AGGGAAAGAGCAUGAAAGAGAUGGGCGAUAUGGAAAACAAUAUCCAAUCGAGUUUAUUUUAUUUUUUAAAUAUGAUUCACAAUAUUAUCACGAUUCUCUACUGUACUAGACGGCGCACUACUCCCAGCUGAGGCUUAUAUCAGUUCCCCCAGUGUUCAGCUGCACAGAAACUGAACAAAAGUGGCACAAACCAAGGACCAUGGGUAUUAAACCUGGUCCAGUUAAUGACAUGGUCAUUAUAUCAGCCAGACCAAAAGAAAGGAGACUUGCAGAAGGAAUCAGAAGCAACUUGUAUAAAGGAGUUAGCUGCCCUCUGCCAGACAUCUCCACUCUGAAAGUUCAGGAGGCGUACCAUGGACUUAGUGCAGACGAAGCUCCCAUGAUCACAGCAAUGGCUAUCUCGAGUGAUGUACCUCUGAUUGAGUCCAUGUUCGGUCCGGUGCAGGAGGGAAGUGUGCUUUCCUAUCAGCUACCAGUAAUGGCAGUCCCCAGUACCCGUCCACACACAGAUGCCCCUUCUCCCCCACAGCUGCCACUUUCGGAUUACAGACUGGGACCCCCUACCUGUGCAUUUGUGUUUUCUGAACAUCAGCACCAUCAUCUGGCAUCCCUUGCGACAUCUUUUGAGACGGCACACAAAGUUGAAAAAAGCACGCGAGAGCAGAGUACCUGCGCUGAGUGGCACCAACUAAGGAGGUGCCGCAUCACCUCUACUAAAUUUAGAGAAGUUUGCCACACCAGGGGGGAAAGCUGGCAAAAAGUCUUCUGGGAUCUUGCCAUCAGACUGCUGACAUGCGGCAGGGUCUUGCCCUGGAGCCUGUAGCAGUAGAGGAGUACUGCAAGGUGAGGGAAGUCAACCACUACCCAUGUGGGUUCCUGAUCCACCCUGACUCACCAUGGAUGGGGGUCAACACCUGAUGGGCUUGUGUACGAUCCUGAGGGGCAGCCAGUGUUUGGCCUGUUAGAAAUUAAAUGCCCAAAUGUAACUAGCUAUGUGGACUGCCCUUAUGUUAUGAUAAAGGAGGGUACACAUACACUGAGGCGAACCCAUCCUUAUUACUGGCAAGUCCAGGGACAAAUGUUGAUUUCUGGCUGUGACUGGUGUGACUUUGUCAUUUACACAGAAGAUGACAUGUUCAUUCAGAGAAUUCCCCGUGACAUGCAAGUCAUACAAACCAUUAAAGAAAAAGUUGACUAUUUCUUUUUUUAUUUCUACCUCAAUGCCUUCUUGGCCAAUUAAUGACUUGAUUGCAGUGUAAAUAUAUUUGACAGUGAAAUGUUUUUGAUUGUGAUGUAAUGUUUUUAAUUGUGAUGUAAUGUUUUUGAUUGUGAUGUAAUGCUUAGGGUAAGUA